CUCCUCUCUCCCGCACCGCAUCGCCUUCGCCGCGUUCCCCACGCAACCCCAUUCCUCCUCCCUCCUCCGCUUCUCCCCCCCAAAUCGGACCCACCCAUAACACCCUCCCCUCCCCUCCAAUCCCACGCCGCCGCAGCCGCCGCCGCCGCCGCCGGCCGAUGACGCCGGCGGUAGCAGCGCCAGCCCCCUACCCCACCACGGGCCAGAACCCUAGCGGCACCCCGCUCCCCGCCGCCGCCAUGGGCAACCCCAACCUGGGGCUCGGCCUCGCCUCCUCCUCCGAUCACGCCGCGGGACCGCCUCCUCCUUCCCGCCGCGCCCCGCGUCUGGCCAAGCGGCGCCACGCGGCGGCCUCCUCCCGCUCCCGCCAGCCGCCACCGGCGUCACCCGCUGCGGCGCCGUGGAAUCCGUUCGGCGGAGGGGGCGGCGGCGGUACGGACGCAUCGGGGCAGGAUGGGAUCGGGGGGAUCGCGCCGGGUGGCGUUGGUGUUGGCGCCGGGGAGGGUCAGGACGGCGGAUUCGUGUUUGGCGGUGCGGCUUCUGCCACGAGUCAGCAGCCUCCAGUGGCGUCAUCCAAUGGAGAAGCCCCCUUCGUGUUCGGGAGCGUCAGGGACAGCUUGCCUCGGUUCGACGAGGGAUGGGCGGCUUCGGCGAAGCUGCCCGAGAAAAUGGGGAGGAUGAAUCUUCAGACUCGUGGUGAGAGUAGCGUCAAUGCCAACAAGAAGGAUAGGAGCUCCAUUUUUGGAGUUGAUAUACCUGGUUUGGUUCUCAACAGUGAAGUGAAUGUGCUCCCGGAGAAAUUGACGCAGUUGAAUUUAGGCACCAGAGUGCCGUUGCAGGGUGAUAAUGACGUGCCAAAAACAUUCGUGUUUGGAGGCAAUGGAAGCGGGCCUUCUUCUGAUGGUACUAGUUCUGAUGUCCACCGUGCAGGUUCAUAUGCUUCUGCCAAUGCAAAUGGUGUUGCAGAGAAGCUGACACAAUAUGGUAUAGGCAAUCAAGCGCCUUUGGGAAGGAUGGGCACUGAAUCUACCAAUGAUGCACCACCAGUUUUUGUGUUUGGAGGGAACGUAUCCAGUGACCAUGCGGAUAGGACUAAUGAUGUUUCUUCUGGUGCUAAUACCAAUCCAUCUGAUACAUUCAAUGUUACUGAUGGCACAGGUCUGUGUCCUGAGAAGAUAAGUGAUGUUCCCUUUCAGCAGAAGGGAAGUGGAGGUAGUAGUCGUCAAGCCGAAGCGUUUGUCUCUGGGAGUACUUCUAAUGAGGGCAGUGUUUUUUCCUCUGCUGCCAACAGUGAUGCUUUUGUUCCACCUAGUAGUGUUAAUAAUUUGCCUCCAGAGUUGCCAUCAUGUUUGAAUAUAGGAGGUGGAGUUACACAGUGCAAACAAAGUGAUAAUUCUGGUUAUCCAUCAGAGGCAUUUGUAUUUGGAAGUGAUGCUUCCUUGAGCUCACACUCUUCAAAAAAGGUAAUGGACGAUCGUGGCAAUUUUGUCACUGGUGCAAAUUCAAAGGCAUUUACCUCAGUUCAUGGUAACAUGGAGAGCACACUUCCAGCCAGGAUGACAAAACUGAACUUAGGCCAUGGAGCCCCAUCCAACAACAAUAAAGAUGAAACUGCUCACCAGCCACCAGAAGUAUCUGGUUUUGGAACUAAUGCAGCCACAACCUUUUCUUCUGCCCAGGCAGCAAGCAUGCCAUUCACAAGCAUUCAAACUAAUGUAUCCUUUGAACUAAAGGGUAAUGGAGGGAACUUGGCUAAUGAGGAUAUUGGAAACAUUACACAUUCUAGAUCAGAUAAUGAUCAAGGUUAUGGGCCUAGUAGUUUUGUUUUCAGUAGUGGUAGCAAUGCCGUCCCUCCUUCCGAAGGAUAUGCAGAACAUGCAUUACAAGAGGACAUCAAGAAAUUAAACAUCAAUAGGGAAGGGGCUUCAGUCGGAUCUACUAAAGUGAAUGGAUCUUCCCAAUUUGUGUUCAGAAGUAAAGCAGAAGCCAUUCCAGUAUUUGGUGCUAUUCCCCAGCCCAAUGUUCCGGAGUCACGCGCAUUUUCACAUUCAAAUCAUUCAUCUAGCUUCUCUACUUCUGGAAAUGAUAUGCCAUCUUUCAGUUUCAAAACUACAAAUACAGCAAGUGAUACUAUUCCUGGUGAAUCUUGUGCAGUCAGACAAGAGCCAGCCUGGUGUUCAAGAGAGAGCUUAUUUGGUAUUGACUAUAUAAAAUCAGCAUAUAGAGAUAAAAAGGAAGCGCAUAAAAACGCAAGGAAAAAUAAAAGGCCCACCAAGUUAAAGCAGCAUGCUCAACCCCAUCACUUUGCUUCUCAAGAAACAUGCACCACUGGGCCAGACAUGGAUUUAGCAGGUGACUACUCACCAAUGGAUUGUUCUCCUUAUUCAGCUACAGUUGAACAGGUAGCAAAAGAAGCAUCAGUGAUGUCUGAUCAGUCCGUUCAUAUACAUGAUUAUGGUGUCUCAAACCAGAGCUCCAGUUGUGCUGAAGAUCUAGUUUCUGCAACUGAGCACUUGGUUAUUGAUGCAGAUCUUCCAACAUGCGAAGAUGAAGGUAGAAUUCCCAAUGUAGACACAUCUGCGAACAGCUUUGCUAGCAGCUUUUCUAGUUUUGAUGAAGAAGUAACUAUACCUAUCGCACCACAACCUUCUUCCUCCAAUAUGCAUGACACUGCUAAUGGUAAACCUAAAUCAGCCCCAGCUGAAGUUUGGGAUGAUGCUUAUAGGCUCAACAAUCAAGGGCAAGCCUAUGAAGAGAAUGGCUACAGAACAGCGCACGAGAUUGGUGAACAUGCCACUUUCCAAGAAAGCUCAGAAGAUUUUAGUGGGCUGAACUUUACCUUCGGUGCUUCUACAUCUCCCCAAAGCUCCGUGUCAACACAAAGACGUAACACUAGAAGGAAGGUAAGAACUAAGUCUGGUCAACUGCCUAAGCCUUCAGUUACUCAGGCUUAUGUACAGCCAAAAUCAUCACAAGACAAAAAGACCAUGCAGUUUUCCCCUGAAAAAAAUAAAGCAGGGGAUUCAGCAGAUGAGCAGUCAACAAGAGGUGCAUCAACUUCUGCAGCCUUGGAGACUUGUGAAACCUGGCGUACAAGUGGAAAUCAAGCCUACACAAAUGGUCACUUUGCUACAGCGGAGGAGUAUUAUACCCGUGGAAUAAAUUCUGUUUCCGGUCAUGAUUCUUCUGGAUACUGUUCCCGUGCACUGAUGCUUUGCUACAGCAACCGUGCAGCUACCAGGAUGUCUCUCGGGAGAAUGAGAGAAGCUCUUCAGGAUUGUUUGAUUGCUACAUCAAUUGAUCCUACCUUUCUCAAGGCUAAAGUUAGAGCUGCAAACUGUCAACUUGCACUCGGGGAUCUUGAAGAUGCAUUAAGGAGUUACACUGCCUGUUUAACGUCCAGUAAGACUUCUGGUUCUGACAGAAAAAUGCUCGCUGAGGCUUCUGAUGGUCUUGAAAGAGUUCAGAGUGUGGUGGAUUGGAUAUCGCUAUCGGAGGAACUUCUUAAGAAAAGAACAGUGUCCGAAGCAACAACUGCUUUACAAUUUAUCUCCAAUGCAUUGCACAUAAGUUCACACUCAGAUAAACUAAUGGAGAUGAAAGCAGAGGCGCUACUGACGCUACGGAAAUAUGAAGAAGUCAUUCAACUAUGCCAGGAAACAGUUGUGUUAGCUGAAAAGAAUUCCAGUGCAUCUGAAACUACGGAAUGGUCAGGGAGGCUCUGGCGGACAUAUCUCAUUUGCAAGACUUACUUCCUUUCAGGCAAACUUGAAGAUGCUCUCGAGUUGCUAAAUAAGCACCAGCAAGUGACAAAUGUCAAAGAGAGUGAAGGGAGAACAUCUCAGGAAUGUUUCUCAUCUUUGUCUACUACCAUUAGGGAACUUCUUUCCCAUAAGGCUGCUGGGAAUGAAGCAUUUCAAGCUCGUCGAUACUCAGAGGCUGUAGAACAAUAUUCAGCAGCAUUGGCACGUAAUAGUGAUUCACGCCCCUUUUCAGCUGUCUGUUUUUGCAAUCGUGCUGCUUCAUACCAAGCACUCGGUCAAGUUACUGAUGCUAUAGCAGAUUGUUCACUAGCCAUGGUUCUUGAUGCAACUUAUCUGAAGGCAAUUUCAAGAAGAGCCACCUUAUACGAAAUGAUCAGGGAUUAUGGACAAGCUGCUAAUGAUUUACGGAAGCUCAUAUCACUUAUUGAAAAGCAAGCUAAUAACUCUGGAUUGUCACCAAAAGUUUUGAACAAGCAUAGCGAUCUGAAGCAGGCGCGCACCCGACUUUUAUCUGUAGAGGAUGAAGCAAAAAGAGAUACUCCCUUGAAUUUGUAUUUAAUCUUGGGAAUUGAACCAUCUUCAUCUCCAGCAGAUAUUAAGAAGGCAUACCGGAAGGCUGCACUGAGGCAUCACCCAGAUAAGGCUGCACAAUUGCUAGUAAGGAAUGAAAAGCCUGAUGAUGGGUUUUGGAGGGAUGUCGCCAAGGAGGUUCAUGCAGAUGCUGACCAUCUAUUUAAAGCAAUUGGGGAGGCUUAUAAUGUUCUUUCAGACUCUGACAAGCGCCAAGAAUAUGAUAUCGAAGAGAAUUUAAGAAAUGCUACAAAAAGAGUCUCCAAGGGAGGGAGGAUGCACAGGUCCCCUGAACAGCGGUACACCAAACAGUAUGAUAGGGGUUUUAACCCUCGUCCGUGGCAGUCAAAUAGAUCAAGUGGAUCCCGCUCACGGUGGUCUGGAUACGAUGAUGAUUACUGGUGAAGGCCUCCUUGCACCAUGGUGCCCACCAUUUGUUCUCUCUGGAGUGCUAGGUGCUGCCCCUGAAGUCCUGGUGCGCUAACUUGGCCAUCCUCAUUACACAAGGGAUGUGCCGCAUGCGACAGCUUUUUUGACUGUCCAGCAGCGUCUUCUUGGUCCUUUCGUUUGGAGAGGGUGGAUCAUGGAGCUGCAAGGAUUGGUUGGUUGGGAUGAUCAGUUUUGACACUUCGGAUGUUGUAGCUUGAACAGCAGACAAUGCAUUGUUUGGGAGUGGGACAUCAACCAAUCUUGGUUGACAUGAUAUGGUCUCGAGCCUGCCUGAACACUAACACCAACAUCAAAUGCUAACAUGAAGGAUAUAAAUGUCAGGCUCCCUAUACGUGGAAGGAUAUAGUUUUGUCCGGUGCAAGAUAUAUUCUUUGAAGAUAGUAGGACGAAAGACACUGUCGCGUGUGCCGAGGUUGAGGGUUUUGUUUUCUUGUUGACCGGCAAUUUGGAUGAUGUACCAUAUGCUGAGUGCCUCUCAAUGGGCAACAAAGAAAACAUGAUGUAUAAGUUUAUGCAGAUUGCCUGUUGUUGAAUGCGUUUUUGUUCUUCGCUACACUUGUUCUGGUCAAGGAAAGAAGAACCAUGCUGAAGUGUUGGUUUGAACUUUGAAGGGCAAUAUCCAGCGUGCUUAUUGGAA